GCGUCAAGAUUUCACUCCUAUUAAGCACCGUUUCUCUGUCUCAAGCUUUUCUCUGCCUUUUCGUCCCUCUCCCUUCCGCGAGAGAAAUAGUGCAGAGCUCGAGCUGCAGAAGAACAGAAGCAAUGUCUGCAAUGACGUGUCUUCUCAGAUGUAUCUCUUGACCAGAAUCUGAUAAAUUCAACUAAUAUCUAUUCCAGCGCUGUCAUGACACUGAGCUUUGAGCAAAGUAGGGAAACCAUCUCAUAGAACCCCAAUUACAUUCGCGCGCAAAAAUCUUCAAAUCAUAGCUACGGAAAUUCCGUAAAUGGACAUCCUCUUCGCUCAGAUCCAAGCUGAUCUGCGCUCGAAUGAUGCUCUCCGCCAGUCCGGUGCUCUUCUCCAAGCUCUCCAACAGUCAGCAGCCGGCAGAGAUAUUUCCAUCAUCGCAAAAUCCGCAUGUGAAGAGAUCGUCGCGUCUCCAGCGUCUGCCGUCUCAAAGAAGCUCGCUUUCGAUCUCAUCCGAUCGACUCGACUCACCACUGAUUUAUGGGAAACUGUAUGUACCGGCAUCCGCACAGAUCUCGACUUCCCCGACCCUGAUGUCACUGCCGCUGCUGUCUCUAUUCUCGCUGCAAUACCUUCUUAUCGUCUUGGUAAGCUCAUUACAGAUUGCAACAAGGAGAUCUCCAAUUGCUUUGAUUCUCCCAGUGAUAAUCUCCGGUACUCCAUUACCGAAACCCUAGGCUGCAUUCUAGCACGAGAUGAUCUUGUCAUUCUUUGCGAGAACAAUGUAAAUUUGCUGGAUAAGGUCUCAAAUUGGUGGAGAAGGAUUGGGCAGAAUAUGCUUGAUCGAUCCGAUGCUGUUUCUAAGGUUGCGUUUGAGUCCGUAGGCAGGUUAUUUCUGGAGUUUGACUCGAAGAGGAUGAGCCGGUUAGCAGGGGAUAAGCUUGUUGACAGUGAAAAUUCGCUUGCUAUCCGUUCUAAUUGGGUUUCAUCCAUGGUUGAUUUUGUCUGGAAGAAGAGAAAUGCCUUGAUGGCCAGGUCUUUGAUUCUCCCGAUUGAGAGCUUUAGGGUUAUUGUAUUUCCACUUGUCUAUGCAGCGAAGGCUGUCGCUUCUGGUGCAGUUGAGGUUUUUCGGAAACUCUCAAAAUCUCCUGGAAAUGCUAGUAGCAAUGCAACUCCGGAUUUGAGUAAUGCGGAAAAGGUUGUAGGGGUUUCAGACGUGGUUUCGCAUCUGGUUCCUUUCUUAGCGUCAUUGGAUCCGGCUUUGAUCUUUGAGGUGGGAAUUAACAUGUUGCGUCUAGCGGAUGUGCCUGGAGGUAAGCCUGAAUGGGCUUCUGCAUCUAUCACGGCGAUUCUCACUCUUUGGGACAGGCAAGAAUUCUCUUCUGCUAGAGAAAGCAUCGUUAGAGCUGUUGUUACAAACCUACACCUUCUGGAUCUUCAUAUGCAGGUUUCCUUGUUCAAGAGGUUGCUCCUUAUGGUCAGAAAUCUGAGGGCAGAAUCAGACCGUAUGCAUGCUCUGGCAUGUAUAUGUCGAACAGCGCUCUGUGUUGAUCUUUUUGCAAAAGAAAGUGUCCGAAGAGGACAAAAACCCCUUCCUGGAACUGAUAUUGCUUCGCUUUUUGAAGAUGUAAGGAUAAAGGAUGACCUCAACAGUGUGACAAGUAAAAGUUUGUUUAGAGAGGAGCUAGUUGCUUCCCUGGUGGAAAGUUGUUUCCAGUUAUCUCUUCCGCUCCCUGAGCAAAAGAAUUCAGGUACAGAGAGCAGAGUCAUUGGAGCUUUGGCCUAUGGAACUGGUUAUGGUGCAUUGAAUUGGACAGAGCCAGCAUUGGAAGUGGUAGAAGUUUGUAGGCCUUGCGUUAAAUGGGACUGCGAGGGGCGAACUUAUGCUAUUGAUUGUUAUUUAAAGUUGUUGGUUAGACUGUGCCAUAUAUAUGAUACUAGAGGAGGUGUUAAAAGGGUUAAAGAUGGUGCUUCUCAGGAUCAGAUUCUAAAUGAGACAAGGUUACAAAAUUUGCAGCGUGAGCUUGUUAAAGAUUUACGUGAGGUGAACACCCCAAGAAUAUCUGCCCGCCUUAUAUGGGCCAUUGCAGAACAUAUUGAUCUGGAAGGUCUUGAUCCACUUCUGGCAGAUGAUCCUGAGGAUCCAUUGAACAUUAUCAUAUCAAAUAUCCACAAAGUAUUGUUCAAUGUAGAUUCAUCUGCAACUACAUCAAAUAGGCUCCAGGAUGUGCAGGCAGUUCUUCUAUGUGCUCAGCGUUUGGGAUCACGCCAUCCUAGGGCGGGGCAACUGUUGACUAAGGAAUUAGAAGAUUUUAGGAGUAAUGGCCUCGCUGACUCUGUAAACAAGCAUCAGUGCCGUCUUAUAUUGCAGAGAAUAAAAUAUGUGACAAGUCAUCCUGAAAGCAGGUGGGCUGGGGUUAGUGAAGCCAGGGGAGAUUAUCCUUUUAGCCACCACAAGCUUACUGUUCAGUUCUAUGAAGCAUCUGCAGCUCAGGACAGGAAGUUGGAAGGAUUAGUUCACAAGGCAAUUCAGGAACUUUGGAGGCCAGAUCCUAGUGAGUUAACUCUUUUAUUGACAAAAGGCAUUGACUCUACUGUCCUCAAGGUGCCUCCAAGUGCUUAUACUUUGACUGGUAGUAGCGAUCCUUGCUAUGUUGAAGCAUAUCAUUUGACAGACUCGAAUGAUGGAAGGAUCACCCUGCACCUAAAGGUUUUAAAUUUGACUGAACUAGAACUUAAUAGAGUGGAUAUUCGAGUUGGGGUAUCUGGUUCACUGUAUUUCAUGGAUGGAUCUCCUCAAGCAGUGCGGCAGUUGCGUAACCUUGUUUCACAGGAUCCAGUGCUCUGCAGUGUCACUGUUGGUGUCUCCCACUUUGAGAGAUGCGAUCUUUGGGUUCAAGUAUUGUACUAUCCCUUCUAUGGAAGUGGUGCUCCAGGAGAUUAUGAGGGAGAUUAUUCUGAAGAUGAUCCACAUGUCAUUAGACAAAAACGAAGCUUAAGGCCAGAACUUGGAGAACCCGUGGUCUUGAGGUGUCAGCCCUACAAGAUUCCAUUAACUGAGCUUCUUUUGCCACACAAAAUCUCACCUGUUGAAUAUUUCCGCCUGUGGCCUAGCCUGCCUGCCAUUCUGGAGUACUCGGGCGCAUAUACCUAUGAAGGGAGUGGUUUUAAAGCUACUGCUGCACAACAAUAUGGGGCUUCUCCUUUUUUGAGUGGUUUGAAAUCUCUCUCUUCAAAACCAUUUCAUAGAGUUUGUUCUCACAUCCUUCGAACAGUGGCUGGUUUUCAACUGUGUUUUGCUGCAAAAACUUGGUAUGGUGGAUUUAUUGGCAUGAUGAUCUUUGGCGCAAGUGAAGUGAGCAGAAAUGUUGAUCUAGGAGACGAGACAACAACCAUGAUGUGCAAAUUUGUGGUCCGAGCCUCUGAUGCAUCAAUCACAAAAGAGAUUGGAUCAGAUUUGCAGGGGUGGUUAGAUGAUAUUACAGAUGGAGGUGUAGAAUACAUGCCUGAAGAUGAAGUUAAAUUGGCAGCUGUGGAGAGGCUAAGAAUUUCAAUGGAACGAAUUGCCUUGCUCAAGGCAGCCCAACCACCAGCCCAACCUCCAAAACCUACUGAAGAAGAAGAAGAAGAGGAAAGUGAGGAGAGGAGGAAGAAAAAGGAAAGUGAAGAUGGUAAACCCAAGGGACCUUCAACCCUAUCGAAUUUAACUGCAGAGGAGGCUGAGCAUCGUGCACUUCAGGCUGCAGUGCUGCAGGAAUGGCAUAUGCUUUGCAAAGAGAGAGGAACAGAAAUUCAUUAAUUUCAGAGUAUUAUUAUUUUUUAUUUGUCUUGCCCUUAAGGUGUGAUUAUGUUGAUUUUUGGGAUUUAGUUUGUUAGUCACGGGAAAGUGUGGUCAGGAGUUAACUUCCUAUUUUGUUUUUUAGAUUUGAUUUUCUGGUGCAUCACUAAAGGGUUGUUUAUUAGUUUGUUCAAAUUGAGUGAUGUCGUCUGGUUAUAAGAUGGGUGGUAUCAUUCGUGGUGCAUCGGCGGCAGCAGUUUUGAAGGUCGUGGGGAGCAAGGGAUACGAAGAUGGAGCCUACCUGAUUCUUCACAAUGUGCGGUUGUGGUGAUUCCAUGGAAGACCACAAAGAUGCAGUGCUCAUAAGUACCUUGAUACUAAUGCGGUCUUAGAUUUGAUGGUAUGUAUAUGGCUUGUUCCCCAAGGGCUAAGGGUGAAACUUACACGCUUAGCUUUAGGGAGACAAUUAGGGCAGAAGCAUUCUUGGAGAACCCGCCCCCACCCCGAAAUUAUACCAUAUUCUAUUUUCGGUCGUUGCGGAUGAUGACUGCAUCGAUGUUUUUCUACUUCAACAAUGAAUCGGCAGGUCCGACCUUAAUGCCCACAACUGUCAAAUUCAUUC